AUCUUCUUCCUUCUUCGCUCGUACCAAAUGACCUCCAUGAACAACAACAACAACAACACCUCCUCCUCUUAAACCUUCCAAUAAACCUAGAACACAAUCGAAAUGGUAGGAGCUUCGAGAACAAUCCUCUCCCUCUCUCUCUCCUCCUCUUCCCUCUUCACCUUCUCCAGAACCUCCAACUUCGUCCCAUUUCUCCGCCUCCACAAACCUUCCUCUAGAUUCCACCACGCUCUUCGCCGCCCUCUAUGCGCCGCCGCAGCCGCUCCGACGGAAACGAACAUCGCAGACCCAGAUCAAUUAAAGCACACGAUCUUGCUGGAGAGGCUCCGUCUCCGACAUUUGAAGGAAUCGGCGGCGAAACCACAACCGAGGCCGAGCAGCGUCGUUGGCAUAGGGGAAGAACAAAACAUUAAGAGUAAGAAGAAGAAGUUGGCUGAGAGUUUCGAGGAGCUAGGGCUGAGCGAGGAAGUGAUGGGGGCUUUGAAAGAGAUGAACAUUGAGGCUCCUACUGAGAUUCAGUGUAUCGGUGUACCUGCUGUUAUGGAGCGCAAGAGCGUCGUCUUGGGGUCACACACCGGCUCCGGCAAGACUCUUGCCUACUUGCUUCCUAUUGUUCAGCUGAUGAGAGAAGAUGAGGCAACCCUUGGUAAAAUAACUAAGCCUAGGCGUCCCAGGACUGUUGUUCUCUGUCCCACCAGAGAACUCUCUGAGCAGGUUUACCGUGUGGCAAAGUCCGUAAGCCACCACGCGAGGUUCAGAUCUAUAUUAGUUAGCGGUGGUUCUCGGAUAAGACCACAGGAGGAUUCGUUGAACAAUGCAAUAGACAUGGUUGUUGGAACCCCUGGUAGGAUUCUUCAGCACAUCGAAGAAGGAAACAUGGUCUAUGGAGAUAUCGCAUAUUUGGUGCUGGAUGAGGCAGACACUAUGUUUGAUCGUGGCUUCGGUCCCGACAUUCGCAAGUUCCUUGCCCCACUGAAACAGCGUGCGUUGAAAACAAAUGACCAAGGGUUUCAAACCGUCUUAGUCACUGCCACUAUGACAACGGCUGUUCAGAAGUUAGUCGAUGAGGAGUUUCAAGGGAUAGAGCAUUUGCGAACAUCAACAUUGCAUAAGAAGAUAGCAAAUGCUCGGCAUGACUUCGUCAAGCUUUCAGGUAGCGAAGAUAAGCUAGAAGCACUUCUACAGGUUCUUGAACCUAGCUUAGCCAAAGGGAGCAAGGUGAUGGUCUUCUGUAACACUUUGAACUCCAGCCGCGCCGUCGAUCACUAUCUUUCUGAAAACCAGGUCUCUACUGUGAAUUAUCACGGUGAAGUUCCAGCAGAACAAAGGGUUGAGAACUUGAAAAGGUUUAAGGACGAAGAAGGAGACUGCCCCACGCUGGUGUGCACUGAUUUGGCUGCGAGGGGUCUGGACCUUGACGUGGAUCAUGUAAUCAUGUUUGAUUUUCCAAAGAACUCUAUUGACUACCUUCAUCGCACUGGAAGAACAGCUCGCAUGGGCGCUAAAGGAAAAGUGACGAGUCUGAUAAGCAGGAAGGACCAAAUGUUAGCUGCUAGAAUCGAAGAAGCCAUGAGAAACAACGAGAGCUUAGAAGCACUCACCAACGAUAACGUGAGGAGGGAUGCUGCAAGAACCCAAAUCACUCAGGAGAAAGGAAGGAGCGUUAAGCAGAUCAGAGCAGUGAGCAAGCAACGAAACACUAGAGACAGAGGAACAUCAUCAUCUCCACCUGCAAGACCAGCAGGUGUGAAGACACCAGUGAGGAAGUCUACUUCAGUGAGAAAGUCAACUUCGGGAAGAACAUCCUCUUCUCCAGAAAAAUCCACAAAGCCGAAAAGAAAAAUAUUAAAGACGGUUGGAUCCAGAUCGAUAGCUGCGAGGGGGAAGAAGGGUUCAGAAAGAACAGGCAAGAAACUAAGUGUUGUUGGGUUCAGAGGUCGGUCUUCUGCGGCUAGACCCUCUUCUUGAUUACGUGCUGUUUAACUUCAGGAAAGUUAAAAGUCAGUACAAAAGUGAAUUAUGGUCGGAUUAUGAUUACAUAAGUGUUAAAGAUGAAUCAUCUUGAGAAACCAUAACAUGUUCUUUCUUCUACGAAUUUCAUAUUUAUAGAAGAAAUUCACUUUUGCCUCGACAGAAACUCAAAUCAGUAAAGUCUGUAUAUGACGUUGACAUCAAUGGUUGGUUGUAUUUUAUUCA